AUGACUUCCCGUGUCACAGUUCAACAGGUUAUGGGCCGCACUUCGGCUUAUAUUAAUCUUACUUCCUCUGAAAAACUCACUCCUCUCAACUAUCAUGUCUGGGCUACCAAAAUUCUUUUGGGUCUUCGUGCUAUGAAUAAUGGUGUCCACCUUUAUGUCGAAGCUGGUACUGUCAAUCCAGCUGCCAAUGAAUCCCUCGAAGACCUCACCGCCUCGCUUGAUACCGUCGUCCAUGAUGUCAUCCUCAACAAUAUUUCUCCUGAGAGUAUAGUCAACUUCAACCCGCCGAUGUCAUCUCUUAUGAAAUCCCUCUAUGCUGGCAAUAUUGAUGUUGGUCCAAAGUUUGUUUCUUCUGUUCGCUCUUAUGUUGCUACCUGGCGUUCCAUCUACCAAUCAUUGUCGCCUGAUUCGGUUGUGGCCUUCAACGCUUUGGCCUCAAUGGGUCCCAACUGUGAGCGCUUCAUCCAGUAUGCCUUGGAGCACCGCUUUGAUAGUAACAACAAUACUGACAACCUUGAUAUCAAUAACUUUAUCCGGAACACUGAUAAAUGGGCCAAGUUGUUGAAGAUUACUGGACCCCCUGCUACUCUUUCGACUGAAGCGUUCGUUGCUUCAUCAAAGAAGUACAAUAACAAAUCUAAGGGUGAUGGUAUCAAAUGUUUUCGUUGUAAGAGGCGUGGUCAUACUUCCAACAAUUGUCAUGUCUCUUGGGAAGAGGUUCAGGCUGCUCGCCAAGAUAAUAAGGAUGACAAGGAAUCUAAAGAGGCUAAAACCUCAAGAGGUUGGUUUGCUGAGACUAUUGAUGAAUUUUCUGAGAUAGUUGAUGAUGAUCCAUUUGUGAGUUCCGCUUUUGUGUCCGAGACAUCUGUUGUUUCUGAAAAGUUUGGUAACAGUUGCUCCGAGUCGUUUGAUGAUUUGGAAUCCGAACUUUUUGAUUCUUCUGAGCCGUGUGUCGGCGAUGAAGAUUGUUUUGUUGGUCAAGUUUCUGAGUAUUGUUCAAACUCAGGACUUGAUAUUGAUUCAGUUGGUUCCACUGAUGAUUCUUGUUUUAAUUCUGAACCGUAUGUCGGUUCUACUGUUGUUUGUUUGGAGUCUGAACCGUGUGUCAGUUCAGCUCCUAUUUGUUUUGAUUCUGAAUCGUUGGUCGAUUCGGAUAUUGUUCCUUUUGAUUCUGAACCGUUGGUCGGUUCUUCUUUUAUUUCUUGUUCUGAUUCUAAACCGUUGGUCGGUUCUGAUGAUGAUAUUGUCUUACCUUCUUUUGAUUUUUUGGUGGAUUCAAUUACUGAACCUUCUCCACCUAAUGUUAAACCUAUUGUUACACCAAAAUCCGUUUUUCUCCAUUCUUUUACUUAUCUUUUUGUUACCAUCAUGUUGUUUUCCUUGAUUUUAAUUGUCGUCUGGCAUCCUUCUUCAAUCUUGGAUUUAAGUCAUUCAGUCCAUCACGUUUUUGUUGCUGAAUCUACUACUUCUGCUGAGGCCAACUUAGUUGUUGGGUCUGAUUCUUUUGACUUUAUCCAUGAUACCGGUGCUACCAAUGACCAGCCUUGUGACCGCGUUGUUCUUCGAGAUGUUUUAUAUGUUCCUAAGAUUCCUCGCAAUUUAUUUGCUGCUCGUCGAGCUACUGCUGGUGGUUGUCGGUUCAUUCAAGACCUUAACCAUAUUUCUGCUGUUGAAAAUGGCAAAACUCGACCUGUCCAUGAGGUGUUUGCUGUUGAGUCGUCUGCCAAUCUUUGGCACAAGCGACUUGGUCACGCCAGUGUGGACGUUCUCAAGAAAUUAUCUAAGUCACUUUCUGUCAAGCCUACUCAUUUUGAGGUUGUGGAUAGUCAUAAGUGUGACGCUUGCUUGGGUGGCAAAGCCACAGCAUUGCCAUUUAAUGGUACCACAGAAAAAGCUAGUCGUCCUUUGGAGUUAUUUGUUUCUGAUUUAAGCGGUCCUCAUGUCGCUACCCUGUACUCUUAUGUGGAGUUGUUGGUUAGGAAAAGUGAUGCAAGUCUUGCCAUUCGUAACUUUAUUGCUAGGUGUGAAUCUUAUUUUUCUGGUGAUUCUGCUGGUGAUCGAGUUGCAUAUUUUCAUUCUGAUAAUGGCGGCGAAUACAUUUCCAAAGACCUGGAGCAGUUCUUUGUGUCUAAGGGUAUCAAGCAUACUUAUACAGUUCCUCAUACUCCUCAGCAAAAUGGUGUUGCUGAGCGAUUGAAUCGCACAUUAUUUGAAAAAGCCAAGUCUAUGCUUUUAUAUGCUCAUGCUCCUGAGUAUUUAUGGGGUGAAGCUGUCAAGUCUGCUAAUUAUAUUAGGAACCGUCUUCCUAGUCGUACCACUGGUGGUGUUGCACCUCUUCAACUUUGGACGGGUAAACCUCCUAGUUAUCACCAUAUGAAAGUAUUUGGUUGUCAAGCUACAGUUGUUCUUCCUGGUGCUAAAAGAGAAUCUAAGUUAACUUAUCGAGUUCUUCUUGAUUCAAGCAUUGUUGAAGCCAGGAGUGUUUACUUUGAUGAGUCCAAGUUUCCAUUUAUGAAAAGUGAUAAGGACUUGUCUAUUAAUGGUACUGGUGUUGGGUUUAGUGUUGGGUCUAGUAUUGGUUCUGGUUCAGGGUCCAUGGUUAAUUCUAUUGCUAGUUCUGAUUCAAGUUCUGGUUCUAGUUUUGGGUCUCAUAGAUCUUUACCAGCAUCCUCAUCUGGUUCUGGUUCUGGUUCUAUUUGUGCUUUACCGUCUCCGUCUUCUUCUCCGUCUCAUUCUCCGUCGCUUUCUUCUUCUUCUUCUUCUAUUAUCGUUCAUAAGCCUCGUUCUGUUCGUCGCAUUUUGUCUACACCUUCUGCUCCUCUUGAGUCUCCUACUCUUCCUUCUAUUCCUUCUGUUCCAUCUCUUCCUAGUUCUCCUAUUCUUCCACCUUCAGAUCAUGAUGUCUCUAUCUCUCCUGACUCAAGUCCUAUUGUUUCUCCUUCGGAAUAUAUUCCUUCACAAUUAGACUUAUCUGAAGCUGGUCCAUCUAUUAAUGAAUCUGAUAUUUCUGGUGAUUCUGGGAUCUCGCAACGAGGGGGUGAUAUUGUUGAACUGUGA